UUUUAAAAAAAUCUAUAAAAUAUCUAAGUCCAGUAGAGAUGUUACUUCCGCAAAGUAAACCGGAGAAUGUCCUAAGACGUGCAGAGGAACUAAUUGCAGUGGGUCAAAGCCCAGCAGCACUACAAUUACUGCAUGAAUUGAUCCUUUCGAGGUGUUCUAGGAAUGCAGCGGUGUCAUCUUUGAAACCUAUUAUGUUACGAUUUGUAGCAUUAUGUGUAGAUUUGAGGAAAGGAAAAAUGGCAAAAGAGGCUCUUUAUCAGUAUAAAAAUAUUGCACAAAAUACAUCAGUAGGAACGGUUGAGGUUGUUUUAAAAAAAUUUAUUGAUUUAGUUGAAGAAAAAGUUUCAGAGGCGCAAGUACACGCAGAAAAGCUCGUUUUAGAUACGAUCGAUGAUUUAGAGGCAUCAGAGACACCGGAAAAUAUUAUUUUGUCUACUGUUUCAGGAGAUCAAUCAAAAGAUCGUACUGACCGUGCAGUAGUAACACCAUGGCUUAAAUUUCUUUGGGAGACUUACCGUACAGUCUUAGAAAUUUUAAAAAACAAUGCAAGGCUUGAGCAGGCAUAUCAAAGUGCAGUGAAUCAAGCGUUUAGUUUUUGUUUAAAAUAUUCAAGAAAAACAGAAUUUCGUCGACUUUGUGAUCUUCUUCGUACUCAUCUUCAAAAUGCUACUAAAUAUUCUGGACAACAACAUUCGAUUAAUUUUAAUGAUCCAGAUACACUUCAGCGUCAUUUGGAUACUCGUUUUUCUCAAUUAAAUGCAGCAGUAGAACUCGAACUUUGGCAGGAAGCCUUUAAAUCAGUCGAAGAUAUUAAUAACUUAUUAAUGCUUUCAAAACGGCAGCCGAAAUUAUUGGUAAUGACAAACUACUAUGAAAAGCUUGGAAAAAUUUUUGCAGUUAGUGAAAAUUAUUUAUUUCACGCACUUAUUUGGAAUAAAUACUUUGCAUUGAUUUCUUCUCAAAACAAAGCAUUAAGCGAUAAGGAACUUGAAAGGAUAGCUUCUUUAGUUCUUUUAUCAGCAUUAUCAAUUCCUGUUAUCAAUAUAACAAGGUCAAAGGGAAAUAAUAUUAUGGAAAUUGAUGAUACGAAAAUUCGAAAUACAAAACUUGCAGCACUAUUAUCGCUUUCAAAGCCUCCUACUAGAAGCAAUCUUUUAAAGGAAGCGCUCGGAAAAAACAUUUUAGUUCAUGUAAGAAAGGAAAUCAAAGAAUUAUGUAAUAUAUUGGAAGUAGAAUUUCAUCCUUUAAACAUUUGUCAAAAAGUUGAGCCUUUGAUUAAAAUCAUAGCCCAAGAUCCAGAUAUGGCGCAAUAUAUUAAGCCUCUUCAACAUGUCAUACUUACUCGUUUAUUUCAACAAUUGUCACAAAUAUAUGAAACAAUUCAACUAGACUUUUUAUUUAAUCUUGUUAACUUUUCAGAACCAUUUAACAUUGAUUCAAUUUACAUUGAAAAAUUUAUCAUGAAUGCCUGUAAAAAAGGAGAAUUAUCUAUUCGAAUUGAUCAUUCAUCCAGAUCAUUAACUUUUGAAACAGAUGUUUUUACAUCUCAUCAUACAGUAACAGAUAGUAAUAUUCGACUACAGUCUACGCCAUCUGAAUUAAUACGUUCUCAAUUGUCACGUAUAGGGAAAUGCUUACUCACUACGGUUUGUAUUAUAGAUCCAUCUUUUCUUCAGGAACGUGAAAAUCAAAAAAAUGCUGCAAAUGAACGAGCUGUUAAUGGUAUUGAAAAAGAGCAAAAUGAAACAUUGGCACGAAGAGCACUCAUUGAGCAUCGAAAAGAAAUUGUUGAAAACAUGAUGAUUUGUAAAGAAAAAGAAGCAGCAACCAAGAGAGCACAAAAAUUGCAACAAGAACAAGAAGCAGAACAACGGCGCAUUGCAGAAGAAGCCAAAAAAAGAGAGGCAGAACGUAUUAAGAAAGAAGCAGAUGCCAUUCGUGCAGAAGAAGCUAGAAAAUUGGCAGGCGAGCUUAAAGCUAAGGGUGCUUUAAAAGUAGAUGUUGACGAUUUAGAAGGACUAGAUACAUCUAAAUUAAGAGCCAUACAUCUAGAACAACUGGAAAAAGAAACGCGAGACCUUAAUGAGAGAUUACGUAUUACUUCUAAACGAAUCGAUCAUCUCGAAAGAGCAUUCAGAAAAGAAGAACUUCCUUUUCUUAAACAACUUGCAAUUGAUCGGGAUGCUUCAGACAAAUUGUUUCAUGAAAAAUCCAGAAAAUUGAAACUCGAAGCAUCACGAGCAAAACAUGAUCAUAUGGUUGCACUUAAGCAUCGCUUUCAAAGGCUUCAUUCCGAUUAUAUGAUUUAUUGUGAUAUGUUUCUAGAAGAAUGCAAAAAACAGCACAAUAAACAAUGCAAAAUUGCCAAUAAAGCCUUAGAAAAAGAAAAAGAGGAUAGAAGAAUUGCUUAUCGUAAGAAAAAAGAACAAGAAGAGAAACGAAGGUUAGAAGAAGAAGAAAGAAAAAAGAAAGAAGAGGAGGAGAGGGAGAGAAUUCGCCAAGAAGAGCUUAGACUCAAAGCUAUUCAAGAGGAAAAUAGGGCUAGGAAAGAAGAAGAAUUAAGAAAACUUGACCAAAUGGCUGAGAAACAAAAACAAAAAGAACUCGAAGUAGAAAACAAACUUCGACGAAAGAAAGAAGAAUUAUUUUCUAACGAUCAUUCUUAUGAUCGAUGGUCCAAAAAAGAUCGAUUACCUUCUAAUCCCUCCGGAGAAGAAAAAUGGAGGCCUGGAAAAGGUUCUUGGAGGCUUCGUGUUUCCGAACAAACUGAAUCUACUGAUUCUAACCUCCUUAACAAAUCUAAACUUGAAACACUUCAAAAAUUAGGAAACAAGUCUUUAAACACCGAUCAACCUUCUAUUGCCAUCUAUAAACCUCCUGCAAUAAGAAAAGAAAGCUCUCGUUGGUAA